AUGAGUGAAGAGACAGGGCGAGAUUCAGCUCUGGAAUCCGCAAACAAAGCACCUAUGAAUACCUCAAGCCUUCCGGCCUCGGCCAUUCCUGAGCCCGAACAGGGUAGAGGUACCGAUGCGACCGAGAUCCAGGACGCAGCCUCUGUCGCACCUUCCGACCCGGUCUCGUCUUCCACUGCGCAAGCAGAUAUCACACCGACCACCGCUGAGAGCGUUACCGCACCGAAGAAACGCCAUUUGUUGAUCCCGAUCCCAUCGCGACGAUCCUUGAAAGGCAAUAAACAGGGGUCGGAAAAGACUGAGGAAACAUCGCAGGAUGAGCCUUCUCGAAGGAGUUCCAAAGUGAGCAUCCUACGGUCGAAACGGGAUCACAGCCGGGCAAGUAGCCGACGGUCGCACCGGACUCAGGACGGGGUGAACGCGGAGGAGAGUAAAGAGGUUGCGACUAUGCCUGAUGAUAGUCCCUCAAAGCCUCAACAGAAGAAAAGUCCAUCUAAGUUCCUGGCUUUCUUGGGCUGUUGUUCCUCUUCGGAUGUUGAUGCGGAUGACACUGCUUUGCCUGCAAAGAAAACAACCAUGCGGCCACCUGCUUCCAAUAGGUUGCCUACUCCAGACAAGGCAGAGGCCCCUACCGCGGAUUCAAGCACUGUAGAAUCAAGGGAGCCAUACUUAGACGAAAAGGCGGCAAACUCCACAGUCAGCGCAGAUCAUCCUGGCGAAGAAGACCGCAAUGUCCAGGUUGUUACGGCUAGCGUGCUAGGCGAGGGUCCUUCUGCGGAUGCCACACAGUCAGAAGUUCCUGGUCAGAAGGAUCAAAUCAAUGAUGUUGCCCCGCCUGCCCAAACGGGAAUUGUGCUGGGAUCAGUACCUGAAGUGACAGCAGAUGCAAACACUCAAGAUUGGGAGGGGCAAUCAACCUCAGCAACCGAGGACCUCACUUCUGCAUCAACCUCAACCAUGCCUAAAAAUUUCGGCACCGACGGCCAAGAAGAAGUUACUUCUCAUCAAGAAAUGAAACUUCCCGUGGUGAUCCCUCCACCGCCACCACCACCGCUGCCACCUGCACCCCCGGCUCCUCCUCGAGGCCACUAUGAGGAAACCGCGCAGCCUUUGCUCCCUGCACCUUUGCCUCACUUGAGUGGUCGAAAGUGUUUGGUUCUCGAUCUCGAUGAGACGCUGGUUCACAGCAGCUUCAAAGUUUUGGAACGUGCCGACUUCACCAUUCCAGUUGAGAUUGAAGGACAAUACCACAACAUCUAUGUGAUCAAACGUCCUGGUGUGGAUGCAUUCAUGAAGCGUGUUGGUGAGCUUUACGAAGUGGUGGUAUUCACUGCUUCGGUUUCCAAGUACGGCGACCCUUUGCUUGAUCAACUGGAUAUCCACAACGUGAUUCAUCACCGCCUGUUCCGAGAGAGUUGUUAUAACCACCAGGGGAACUACGUCAAGGAUCUUUCGCAAGUUGGCCGAGACUUGAAGGAAACAAUCAUCAUUGACAAUUCCCCCACCUCAUACAUCUUCCACCCUGAGCACGCGAUUCCCAUCAGUAGCUGGUUCUCUGACGCUCACGACAAUGAGUUGCUCGAUCUCAUCCCUGUUCUCGAGGAUCUCGCAGGGGCCCAAGUCCAAGAUGUCAGCAUGGUCCUGGAUUGCACCCUGUAG